AUGAACAUGACCCUAAUGGCGGUCCCGAAAACCUUUGUGGAAAAUGCAGUUGUUCUCAUUAUGUAUUGCAAGAUCGUUUUACCGCACAAACUUAGAUAUUUGGAAAAUAUGUUGAACGCAGAGGUUGUGGCAAAAGCAGCCCGAAUACGCCAACGAAUAGAAGCCAAUCCAAACAUUCAAGACAGUGAGAAGGGAUGGCCGUUACUCCUGGCCAAAUAUCAAGCCGACGAUAAAAAGAACGUACAAUACAACGCCUACAACAAUAUUUAUAAUCGACAUUUGCCCAAAGUAUUCUGUGGUAUGUUGGAAACGGCAAUUCAUCCUAAAAGGGUGAGGGUCCUCCCUAGCCCUCUGGCCAAACGCUCAAGAUCAGAAACUUUGUGGUCAUCCUUGGAAAUUAUCACUCCAUCAACUCCAUCCAUCUCUCGUGAACAAGAGGCCCCGUCGUCGGUGCCAUCACCUGCCCUAUACGUUGAAUGUGGUGCGAACAGCGGGACGAGCACAUCGACGACCAAACGAAGUCUGAGCGUAGUGAUUCAGUCCAAAGUAAUGCCCCGAUUGGCAAGGAUGUAUAUGGACGAAGAGAAUGAAGAAGUUGAGGAAGGUUUCGUCAACACUUCCAUGGCGUGGCCUCCUCAAUCGCCUUAUUCAUCCGUUUGUGACCCAACACCCGCCUUGCCGAUACUCCUUUCACUGACGCCCGUUUCACCGACGCCCGCUUCGACGACGCCUGUACCUCCGACUCCUAUUGUGAAGGGCAAUAAAUUUUCAUUAGAAUGGAGAGCGUUUCCAAUGCCUCAAUUUGAAUCUUUUUUUUUUUUGUCGCUUAGUAAUGCGUUACGCAUAUCGCAUAUCAAAAGCGCACAUCAGUGCACAUCACUGGUCUGGUUACCCUAGCCAUCCCCUCCAAUGCAGUGGACACUCGAGUUUUGAACAACUCACGGGGUUGUACUAACCUCCUUUAUACUCUUACCAGCCUCAAGCCUGAAAGUGAGGGUCGUCCGUUCCCCACCUCCAGAGGACGCGUAGCGACCGGCAAUACCCGCCGGCCACGAACCCCUCGACCGCGUCAAUCUUGGGCUGGGUGUUUUUUAGUGUGGUUGUCUCCACUCGAGGACACCCAAUGAAGGGCAGCCCCACCCCAGCUCCGCGCUUGCAGAGUAACGGGGUCGGCCGGUGGUUGCCGAAGCACCGACUGAUCAUGGCUUCAUGACCAGUCGGCCCACCGCCCUCGCUGGCACGGCCGCUACCCGGGUUAACAACGACCCGGCAACGACGCCCCCCCCCCCCCCCGCAGGGAGGAUCGAGCCCACCACCACCGCGCCCGUCAGCUACCCGGAAGAAGUCCAGGACGCCUGACGGGCUCCUCUUUGUCACUCGUUAGCGCCACCCGGGGGACACGUGCAGGGUAUCAAAGGGCCAACGCCUGCGGACGUGAGUGACUCGUACUGAUAUAUCGUGUAUUGUGUUAUUAUUUUGCUGUAUAAAAAAAAAUUAUGGCGCGCAAUUUAACAAAAGAAUAAAGAAUUCGAAUAUUAGUUUUAAGUGGACAAGGAAGAUAUUUUUUUAUAUAUUUAUUUGAAGGAACUGGGCAGGACUGGGCUAAUUAUCUGAAGCCGUAAUUGGCCUGGAAGUACACAAGGCCAAUUACGGCUAUCUAACAGAUUACAAUAUUGUUAUUUAUCGAACAAGCAUACGAGUGCUCCAUGAAAAGAAAAACAUAUGAUGAAAAUUAUUUAAAAAGAGCUUUAGAUGCUGUGCAAGGAGAAAUGUUAG